UCGCUUCACUGCGGAGGAACGCGGCCACACAGAGACACAGACACGCAGCGCUGCUGAGUGACCAUGCGCGGAGAAGCUUCUCGGAGAAAGCGCUGUCUGCUCUUAGGAGUGGUGGUGGUGGUCGUGGUGGUCGCGGUCCUCGCGGUUGUGUUGGGACUAACUCUGAAUCGCUCCAGUGACCAUCUGAGGAGCACCGUGAUCGGCAGAUGUGAAACGUUCCUAAAGAAAAACACCGACGUGUCUCGAGUGAAUGACUGUGAGAGAAUCUGGGGGGCGUUCGAGGAGGCCUACGUGGGGAAGGAUCCAUGUGAUGUUCCUGCUGAGGCAUACAACCCUCUAAUAAUUUCAGUUACAGAGCACGUCAUCUGUAACACUAUGUUGUUCUGGAGCAAAACGAAAGCUAUGGUUCACGCAUUUACGGACAACAGAGAAUGCCUGGUGACUUUGGAGGACACGCUGCUCGGGUUCAUAUUUGAUGAACUGACUUGGUGCAGCAAAAAUGGCAGCAAAGAAACCUUCACUACAGGCUGUCCUGGUUGGUCAGAGUGUCAGAACAACCCAGUGCGCUCUUUCUGGAUGAGGGCAUCUGCUAACUUUGCAGCAACAUCAUGUGGGAAUGUGUCUGCAAUGCUCAAUGGAUCCCUGGAAUCCCCGUUCAGCUCCACCAGUGUGUUUGGAAGCGUAGAAGUGAAGAGUUUGGCCCCAGAUAAAGUGGGUAGUUUGACCGUCUUACUCGUCACCAAGGAAACAGACACGACCACGUGUGCCAGUUCUUCAUUCCAGAGUCUACGAAGUGCUUUGGAUCCUAAGAUUGCAUACAACUGCAGACAAGUUCCUUAUGACCAAGUUGAAAACUGCAUUUCUGAUCCCGAGAUUCCAUGCAGCGAUUGCUUAUGAGACUUCGCUCAGCAUCCAGAGAGAACUCCAGGAGAUCAGGCCCGGUCAGGAGUCCUGCAGCUGAACAUUAUCUUUCAGCGUACGACAGCCGAACCUUUGCUAAAGAAGGAUAUCUGAACACUGGGCUAAUUCUACAGCAUCCAACACUCACAAAACUACUGCAUAAACAGUUCUAACAGUGUGUUUUGUACUUUCUUUAUAUAAUGUCAGUUUUUGGACUGUGACCUUAGAUAUGCCUGGGUAAAAUUGAUUUUAUUUUUUGCCAUAUAAUAAGCCCUGUAUAGUGUAAGGAACUGUGAAAUAUAAACAUUUGUUAAUUAUAACAUGUCAGUAUUAUCUAACUCAGGGGCGUAGUUAUGGGUAGGCCCAGACUGAUCACAUAUCUAUCCAAACAAAUGGACAAACAAUAUAUAAGUAUAAGAAUAUAUUUCAAAAUAAUGAAAUUCGACUUGUUUUCUGUGAUUGCUGUCACUGUAUUAUAGUCAAUCAAACCCUCCAGUCACUGCACAUUAACCGUUGCUGUCUGCCAUUGCCUCAUGCCUUCAGUUCAUUAUCUGUGUGCCAGUGUUUAAAUCUGAAGCUCCAGUUGUGGUUAAAAGAUAACUGGGGAUUUUUAAAACAUGAGAUUCUGUCCUGUAGAGUGUGUCGAUUUCUACCCUUCCAAAGCCAAAAACAAAGGUUGUCAGUUUUCUGUUGUCAGUUUUUCUACAAAGACUGAAAUCUGAUUUAACUUCAGUGAAUCAAAGGUAAGACAUAAAUGCCAUAAUGUUCUUCAUGCCUGCAGUGGUGAUAUGUUGGUGGCUCUGAUGAUAGGUUUAGGUUUUUAAGUCUGUCUUCCAUCGUGUUUGCAUGUCUCAACUGUCUGAUUUUAUUUCAGUUAUCUCAUGAUCUUCUGGUCUGCCUGCCAUGGCAGUUUAGCCCAGGAUGAAUAGUCUUGGGUUUUGAAGUCUGCUGUGUUCUUUUUUCCCCGUCUUUAUUCAUUUCAGCUGUUUGAUUUUAAAUUAAUGUUGGUUAUGUUGUGUUUUUUUGCAGACGUGCCUGUGUUUAGCAGACACGUGCCUUAUGUACUUCACAGUAAAAGGUGAUGCAGUUUUGUGUAUAUGUGAAUGCAGGAUUCUGAUUGACUGCCAGAAUGCAGUGAAAUGUCCUCAGGGUGGUAGUGUUGAAAUAAACAAGGUGUCUGCUGUCAUCAAUAA